AUGGCGAAAGUGACACUGCACAUAUACGACGUGACCAAUGGGUCGGAGAAGACCAAUAGCACCGUUCUUCACAUCAACAAGUUCUUCAAGGAUGGCAUUGGUCUUGGUGGUAUAUUCCACAGCGCCGUUCAGGUUUAUGGAGAUGAUGAAUGGUCAUUUGGAUUCUGUGAGGAAGGUACUGGAGUUUUUAGUUGCCCUUCACGAAAGAAUGAGAUGUAUACAUAUCGCAAAUCCCUUGUUCUUGGGAGAACAAACUUUAACAUUUUCAAGGUAAAUCAAAUAUUAAGAGAACUCAGCAGAGAGUGGCCUGGAAAUUCGUAUGACCUCUUGUCCAAAAACUGCAACCACUUCUGUGAUGAAUUCUGUGUAAGGCUUGGCGUGCCAAAACCUCCAGGUUGGGUAAAUAGGUUUGCCAACGCUGGUGAUAUUGCUAUGGAAGUGGCUGGGAAUACAGCAUUACGGUUCCGACAAGCCAAAACAGAGAUUGUAUCAGCAAGCAAAGUAGCUUACCGGUUUCUCUUAGGCGUUACUAAUAAUGUUAAAACUGGAAUGGACUCUCCUAGUAAUGCAAAUAGAGGAGGAUCUCCUAGAAUUCAAGCUGCUUGGUUGAAAAAUCUUAUUACUAAUGGUGCGAAACCAUCUAGUAGUUCAGAAGUUGAGAAUCGGGGUGAGGUUGAGCUUUAACAACUACCAAGAAAAAUAAUAUGAUGAGGCAAUGCUAUCACAAAGUUGACAUCUGCACAUGGUGGUUGAGUGACACUAUUGAAAGCAUAGGUCUGCUAUGUGUAUUUUAAGUCAAAAAAGUAAAAGCAAUUUCACGUGUGUCAAAAUGUAAAGUGAUCAUUUCU